GAGGAGCUGUCGGGGCGGCGCCGGAGCGCAGCCGGUAGAGUUUGCCCGGCCGCCGGCUGCCUCCUCCCCUUCCCCCCCCCCCCCCCCCCCUUCGUGGUUUUUAAUUUUUUUUAAUUUUUUUUUUCUUCGCCUUUUUGACGAGGGGGGAACCGGGGCUGCUGCUUCGCGCUCCGCGGCGCUGGAGUGGAUGCGCACGGACCAGUCCUCGUGGAAACGGCUCCCGGCAUUUCCCCCCCAAAAAAAACCCAGCCCCACCAACCCACCCAGUUGGAUAAUUGAAACGGUAUUUGGCAGUAUCCAGUAUUGCUAAGAGUGAUGCAAUUCCUCCUUCCACUCUACCCCCUGGGCCUCCUGGCAUAGAGGCUGUCUUACCAAGGCUAAUGCAAAUAUUGGAAAUGGUGGAUUCUAUGUUUGGCACUCCUGAUGAUGUAAACCCCUCUGCUUGAAAACACUCUCCAUAGGCAGGUUAGAGAGUACUGCCAAGAGCAAUGGGAGCAUCACAAGCAGAGAGCAGGCUGGGGUGAAGAAGAUCUAGAGGUCUGUUCUGCGCUCUUUCCUGUCCAUUUCCUGGGGGAGAAACCCUGCUGCAGAGGAGCACACUGACCUGUCACAUUCACUCCGCUUCCACCUAACACCUCUGAGGCCAGUUUUUCCUCCAAGUUGUCCUGGCUGGAAAACGUGGAGCAACUGGUAACUCUGGUGGAGUAGCAAACAAGGACCACAGCCUUCUGGAGGGAGACGUGGCAAAGGGAUCACAGCCAGCAUGCUGCAGUACUUGUGGCCUCAAUAGGAAACAUGAAGGUAGCUUCUACUGGUAAAGAUCACCUUUAAAAGGGAACAUGGAUUUAAUAAACUCAACGGAACAAAACAGUACGUCAGAAGAACUAUUCAAAUGGGUGACAUCCAAGAUUCUCAUUUCCAUUACCUUGUCCGUACUUGCGCUAAUGACAACAGCCAUCAAUUCUCUUGUGAUGACUGCAAUAAUUGUGACAAGAAAGCUCCACCACCCCGCCAACUAUUUAAUCUGCUCUCUUGCAGUGACUGAUUUCCUUGUGGCAGUCCUAGUGAUGCCCUUCAGCAUUGUCUACAUUGUAAAGGAGACGUGGAUCAUGGGGCAAGUGGUGUGUGACAUUUGGCUGAGCGUGGACAUUACAUGCUGCACGUGUUCCAUCUUGCACCUCUCUGCCAUUGCUUUGGAUCGGUACAGAGCAAUCACGGACGCUGUGGAAUAUGCACGGAAAAGGACACCAAAGCAUGCAGGCAUCAUGAUUGCAGUAGUAUGGAUCAUAUCUAUUUUUAUCUCCAUGCCGCCUUUGUUUUGGCGGCACCAGACAACCAGCAGGGAUGAUGAAUGUAUCAUCAAACAUGACCACAUUGUUUUCACCAUUUACUCUACGUUUGGCGCCUUCUAUAUCCCAUUGGCCUUGAUUCUGAUCCUUUAUUACAAGAUAUACAAGGCAGCAAAGACAUUUCACAGAAGAAGCGUCAGCCGGAUUGUCAGGGAGGAGGUAAACGGACAAGUCCUUUUGGACACAGGUGAAAGAAGCACCAAAUUGGCUUCAAUGCCCAGCACAACGGAGAAGACAUCAGAUCCACUGGUGGACUGUGAUAAAAUCAAUAUCACCGUACGAAGCCCCAGGUCUGAAUCUAAGCACGAGAAGUCCUGGAAAAAACAGAGAAUCUCUAGCACAAGAGAGCGAAAGGCAGCAACUACUCUGGGUCUGAUCCUGGGGGCAUUUGUGAUCUGCUGGCUCCCUUUUUUUGUAAAAGAAGUAGUUGUUAAUACCUGUGAAAGAUGUCACAUCUCAGAAGACAUGUCUAAUUUCCUAGCAUGGCUAGGAUAUAUCAAUUCCCUUAUUAAUCCUCUAAUCUACACAAUCUUUAAUGAAGAUUUCAAGAAAGCAUUCCAGAAGCUUGUGCGGUGUAGGCAAUAUUUCUAAGAGCUUUUGUUCAUAUAAGGAGAACAUAUUCCUUGUUUGCUUUUUUUUUUUAAAACAUGUAUAAAUUUAUAUAACUGAGUUCACAUUUGUUGUAUUUAAGGAAAAACACCAAGACUCUGCAUUUACAUAAUGACUCUUUUGUAUUAGUAGUACUGGGAGCAUAAAUUGCCCAUGUUUUAAAGAGAUGGAGCUUCUGGGAUCAGUUUUGCUCUGGAAAAGGAGGUAGCAUUUAUUCAUUGUGGCCCUGAGCCACUUAGGAUUUGCAGAGCCACCUAGUUUGAAGCAUUCAGGUAUUAUCUUAAAUAUAAAGGAAAUACAUGCUUGAAGUAGACAAAACAAAGAAACAAAAUUAGAAAGAAAGAAGAAAAAAAAAGCAACAACUAACCAAUGAAGUUUUAAGUGAAACACCACACAGGUUUUAGUAUCUGUUGUCAAUGAGACAGAAAAUACAGCUUAGAAUUAAAGACUUAACUUUAUUAAUUUGUCACAGGCCUGCAUCAUAGAGCCAAGCCAUUCCCAGCAAAGGGUAGUAGCUUUAAUUAUACCUAGCAUCAUCCUCUGUUAACUAAUUGAGUGCAGCUGCAGCCCUGCCCUAACCUAGAUCGAGGACUUCUCAGGGUUAUGCCCCAGCAGUAGUCAAGGCACUUGCAUGGGUUACCAGUUCAUAGCGAGCCGGUGUUGCAUGCUCUCUGCCACUGCACACCCAAGACGGAUGUGGACACAGGCCCAGGGGAAUGGCUGGUAGUCAGGGCACCUCACAUGAUUUGCAUGCACACAGUGCCUGGUGCUCAGAGACGCCAUUUCAGUAGGGACUAUGGAAUGUUUACCUCAUAAAAAGCAACUGGUCCUCCUGAUGGGGAUGUUGGAAAGGAGAGAAACAUGAAAUACUCCCUGUUCCUUCAGCCCUACCUCAUAUGCCUGACUUUCUGAACACCAAAUCCUGCCACACGGCUUGUUCCAGGGCCACUGAAGCAUUGCUGAAGGUGAGUGGUUCAGUGAGCUUGGGUUGAGGGCCACCUACUGAAGCUCCAGCUCAGCAUAGGCUGGAAGCCAGUUAGGCCCGAAGCCUAACAUCCCCCAAGUCUUUUCUCAACCGCUAGGGCUGUGUGCCCUCUUCCCAGCCAUGUACAAAAGAGAGACCAACUGCAGUGCCAGCACCGUGGGUCCCAAGAAAAGGUCCUUCAGCAGCUUCUCCAGAAAGGGCAGGGGGAGUGAUCUCAGUCAGCAGCACACACCUGGGGAGGGGAAGCUGCAGAAUGCUCAGGGGCUGGCACCUCCAAACCCCCAGUUUCCCCACAGUAUCUAGUCCCAGUCCCCAGUCCCAGCAAAGCCGAAGGGACCUGUAAGCACUCCAGCCAUCCCCGGCCAACUGCUGUGGCCAAAGAUAGCCACGAUGAACAAGGCCUUUAGUGGGCUGCCUGCAAAGGCCUCAAGGACAGCACCUUGGCCAAUCUUGAUUUACACACUCUAGAUACCAAGACACAGCACUGCUAACUGCAACAGCCCUUGCCUCAAAACUGUCAGUGCAAGUUUGUCAGCAGCUAAGGGUACUAGCAAGACAGUGGGCUUUUACCCCCACGGUGCAGAUGAGUAGCCAAGAGCCACCACAGAGCCUGGGGAUGGGUUUUGCACUUUUCAGGUCAGACAGAUUUAGACUGCGUCACCAAGACUCUGGCUUUGCAUUUGUUGCCAGCAAUUCAAUACUGUCUAGCAGGAACAGGGACUGGAGGCUCCUUACAGAAACUACAAAUCCUGCUGUCAGCUGAAGCAAUCCUUCAGAGAUGCUCUGAUUUGGCACAUGGGCUGGCAGCUUUGGGAUGUCACAAAGAAGCUGAGACAUGAGACUGCUACACGGAGCCUUAAUUUGGGAAAGGUGUCACUGGUCUUUGCAGUUUUUCUUCCAAGAGACUUUAGCUUUUUGUAUUAGACAAGAAAAUCCAGAAAAAUGCUAUCACUUCUUUCUCUCUCCUGCUUUCCCUCCCCUUAUAUUCCAGACUGUGGAGCUUAAUGAUUUUUAUAUUUUGCCCACUAGCUACAAGCUCCCACAACAGCUGUCAGAGGUGUUUCAUGCAAAAUGACAAGGUUUGAGGCCUAGGAUAUUGAACUAAUUUGUUUCUGUCACUUGAAACUUUCUAUAUUCUGCUUUCACAUCAAGAUCCAAAUGAGAUACUACUCAGAAGUAAUAGAAACAAUGCAUUUCUUUUACUGCUGAUUUUAACCCCUGCAGGAGCCUAGUGGAAAGCUUACCUGUCACACCGCAUAGCUCUUGUGCAGCAGUAGCACAGCUAAAUUUUGAAGGAUGCAGCAGCGUGUAAUUUGGCUUGCGCUCAGCAUAAGCAAACACACUUGAUACCACUGCAGUCAGAGUACAGCUGCGGCAGCCCCCAUGACCUCAGCACUGGCUAUAUUAUGCUAAAAGAAAAUAACCAUUUUAAAGAUCAGCUGUGCUCUGCUGUCUCCAGAAAGAUCCACACAAUUGUUUCCUCAAAGGAUUAUCAGAUUAGCAAGGAAACCACACUGAAAUGUUUAAGGUUGAAGACCUCUGUUUCCCUUGUUUCCUGAGUACUGUGUCAAAACAUGGGACAUCUAGAGCCACAGCUUCCACUCCCCUGCUUUUCCCUGUAUAUCUGCUGGAGAGUAGCGUAUAUCACUUUUCCUCUUACAUGUAAAAACUUUGACAAUACCCUGUGAAAGCAAACUGGAAGAAAAACUAGGGGUUGCUUCUGAGGAGAAAAGAUGCUUAAGAUACUCAUAUUUAAAUAAUAAUGGUGAGGCUCAAAGAAUGGAGUAGCAUGUAGAUAAACAGAAAAUAGCUGUCAUUUAUGCACUGUCAACAGUAUUAUACUCUGAAUCUACUUAAGCUGCUAAACAUUUCUCGAAAUGCAAGGGUGGUUUCUUUUGUAUCCUUUUCACUGAGCUGUAUGUGCUCACCCUUCAACACCCAGUGAUGGAAGAUGCAACUACAAGAAAUCUAAGCAAACAAGCGGAUAGUUAUCUUAAUUAAAAGCACUUACGGAUUGUGGACCAUCAUUUCUCGGUGUCUGAAAUUUCCACAGUGCCAAACACUCAUACAUCCACACACAGAAUCAUUUUAUCUCUAACAUUUAUCAUGUGAUGUGCUAAGAAAAAUAUCUGACUUUUUCUUUCAAGAUGCAUAACAGUUAAGAUUUCUGUUGGAUGGAUGCUGCUUUCACCUCCCCACAAGGUACACAGGCACCCACUGGAGCUUAGUACUGAAUCCAAGGAGCAAGAGAGAAACUGCAAAAUUUUAUGCCCUAGAACUACAUAUGUUUACAAGUAGCUCUUUACCCUCUAAGAGUUCAGUCUCAGAAAAGAGAAAAAAAAAUGUCUAUUUUCUUAACUAUUUAUCAGAAGAGCAUGUGUGUAUUGAAGCAAAGGGUUUUACAUAUCCUCUGCUUUGUGUGAAGCUCUCUGGACUCCUGUCACUGGUGUAACUGCCCUCCCAGUUGCUGCUUGCUGCCUACCUACCCACCCAUAAAUUUAGAUUUCUUCUAAUACCUAGGGAACUGAAUUUGGAGCAGCUGACCUGGUCCCACUUCAUCUUUCAGAGAGGAUGAUUCCUGAAGCAGCUGUGAACACUAUAUGCAAUUCAGGUAGAUGUUUUUUGCUAACAGCAAGCAGUUAAAUACACCUCAUUAUUCUGUGCUCAGUCCUUCACUUUUCCUCCCUGCCAAAUGUUUUAUUGGUGCCCUCUCCCCUUGAGGAGAGCACAUCCCUACAGAUGGGUUGGGCUACAAAUACACUUUUGUUUUAGUGAUGCAGUCACACUUGUUAAUGCAUGACUGUACCGCCCAGAAACACCCACCUCAUCCAAAUGUGCUUUUGGCAGUCACUGCCUUCAGCUGGUGCCUAAUUGUUCUUGGUGUUAGGGAGGUACAUAGAAAUAACUACGUAUCAAAUCAUUUUCUCCAGUAGUUACAAACUUAGCACGUUAUUUCUAGGCAAGUAUUAUUUAUUUGACCUUUGCAUUUCAGAUUCCUUUGCAUAAGGGAAACAGAAAGCCACCGCUGUAGCUGUUGAAAGGAAGGACAUUUUUGAACUCUGCGCACCAAAGAAAAAAGGCUGCAAGAAAAGCAUGAGGAAGCCCUUGUAGCAGCCCUGUAAAGACUGAGCAUAAACCUAACACUUGCAAGCACCCCAGCACUCACGUAGUAAGUGUUACCUGCUGUUUGUUCUCAUAUUCCUCUUCUGAAAAGUGCUGCUGCACUACAGGGGCAGUACUAACAAUAUCAGAACUACUAAAAAUACCAGCAAUGUUUUGAUAUCCCCUCCCCUACACAAUCCUGAAAUAAAAGAAAUAGAUUUUUAUUAUUUUUAAGGAUUUUCCAUUUGUCUUCUGGGGACACUAAUUUUUAAUUUUUUUUCCUCUCUCUUUAACCAGGAAGGGUAAGCCUUUAAAAGAAAUAUAAACAUUUCUAUGACCUAGGGUUUAUAGACAUCAUUUAGUAACUCAAGAAAUCAAAGCUUUGGUGAUACAGAGCUUGGCUAAGACGAUUACAGAGAACAGAACAGGCAAAAGUCAGCAGCAUUGGCAUGAACAGACAAGGUUACCAGUUCAAUCCAAAACCUUUCCAAAGCCUUUCUGGUGUCAAAUCCCUCUCAUAAAAGACAGCAAUGACUGAAAAAAAUUUAUAUCCUCAAGAAAAUACUGAAGUCUGCAUUUUCUACAAUCUAGUUGUUUACUUCAUGUUCAGAUGAGUUUAAGUAAGAAUUCUGCGACUCAAAAUAAUUGCAAAGAAAUAUUUUUAGGUAAGGAAAAGGUACUGUGCUUCAUUAGUCAAUCUGUACAAUUAUGUAUUAAAAACCUCAGUUGAGGCAGAGUAAAAAGUGAAAGAAGAUGCUUAUUGAACAUUUAUUUUUUUAUCCACUAGUAGUUCAAAUCAAUUGUAUCCACUCUUUAAGGCAUAUAUUUAUUUAAACUACAGUUUUGAAGGUAUGAAUUGCUACAUAACAGAUGAGUGGCACUAAUAAAAUGUUUCCUUUUCCACUUUAAAAUGAGAGGUCCUAUACAUACACAAUACUUUUUCUCGCUAAAUCAAAUAUUUUCCUGUUCUCCACAUACGCUCAUUGAUUUCAAACUCAGAGCAGUAUAUUAUAGUUUGGAUUUAAAGAUAAAAAACAUAUUUGAUGCCACAAAAAAAGUGCUAAGUGCUGAGUUAAAGCUCGAGGAGCAAUUAAUCUUCUUGCUUCAGUUUAGAUCAUGACUGGUAGUAGAUGUUUAAUGCAAUAACUAGCUCUCUGCUGGCAGUACUCCAAGAUGCAAAAGCUGUGGCUAAUUUGUAUGACAGCAAGCAUCUGCUAAGCAACUCACUUUUGGCUAAGCCCGGUUUCCUGUAUUUCACAGUACAAAGCUGCAUAACGUAGUCCACAGCCAUGAAAUAAGAAAUCACCCCAUUUGCACUCCAACCCUUUCUAAAGUGCUAGUCACUAUAAAAUACCUGCUCCACAAACACACACCAUUAACUGGCAAGAGCAAAGUUGUGUCUUUAUCCACAGCAAAAACAGACAAAAGCUUUCAUAUCUCUUACUUUCUUGGAGGUAGCCAGGAGGCAGCCUGACCAGACUGGGGUAAGGUGGGCUCAUCACAGGCCAGCACUGCUGCCUGACCAGGUGCAAAAAGAGAUCUCUUCAAGCAGAACGCCACCAGCAGCAAGUUCAGUCAGCACUAGCUAGCAACAAAAUAAAAAGUAGUCCAGUAUCUGCCACAUCUUCUGUGGCAAAGGAAGUCCAAUAACAUAUCAAUUGUCCCUUCAGUCAUCUGGUCAUUUCCUGCACCUUAUUUUCUAUCCUAACUUAGCUGGGCUCUGUCAGCUCUUCUGGCUUGUUUAGCAAGACAGUUUUGUAUCAGCUUUGUGCUGAUCAGUACCGGGCUUGCAUACCCUGUUAUCAUAAAGCUCAGCUCUGAAGCUUGAGGUCAGUCUUCAGCUUGGGUAAAUGCAAAGAGACAGUAAUUUAAGAUAAUAAAAAUUUAAGGUAAGGACUUGAUGUGGAUUUUUCUUCCGCAACUACUCUGACAGCAAGUAAACCAAGGUCCUUUUGAACCCAAACUAGUUUUCCAAGCAAGAUAUUUAUAUUACAGCCAAGCAUGACCUUAAUUUUCACAGGCAAAUAUAAGCUAUAUUACUAUUAGACUGUUUUUAACCUCAUUCAUUGACAGUCUUUUGCAUUUUGUCAAAUUCUCCCAUCUUGUUUUCAAACUGUAGAAGAAAUAUUAACUAAUUAUCUGAGGUAAGUAGGUCAUAUCGCCACUUUACAGGUAGGAAACCAGAAGCCCAGGGAAGUGGACACCUCAGUCUGGAUAAGGUCCCAGAAUGCUAUUUAACAUGCUAAACAAGAGAAGGGAACAUUUCCAAACACAGUGCUAGAAUCGCAGCAUGGUCAAGACUGGAAUGGACAUCUGGAGGUCAUCUAGGAGGGCCACCUAUAGCAGGCUCCCAGGACCACGUCCAGAUGGCCUUUGAGUAUCUCUAAGGGUGGAGACUCCACAACUUCCCUGUGAUACCAGUGUCAGUCACCCUCACGGAAAAAAAAAAAAAAAAAAAAAAAAAAAAAAAAAAAAAAGUUUCCUGAUGUUCACAUGGAACCCAUUGUGUUUUAGUUUGUGCCUGCUGCCUCUUCUGCCUCUUGUCCAAUCUCUGAGCAACGCUGAAAAGAGCUUGCCUGGCUUUGUCUUCUUUACACCCACUCUUCAGGUGUUUAUACACACUGAUAAAAUCCCACCUGAGUCUUCUCCUCUAGGCUGCAGUCCCAGCUCUCCAAACCUUUCCUCUUAUGAGAGAUGCUGCAGUCCUUUAAUCACCUCAGUGGUCCUUUGCUGAACUCUCUCCAGGAUGUCCCAGCAUAUCUUAUACUGGGGAGCCCAAAACUGGACACAGUACUCCAGGUGUGGCCUCAACAGUAACAGAGAGGAAGGAUCACCUCAUACAUUCCUCCAACUGGCGGCAACACUCCUGCUAAUACAGUCCAAGAGGCUGUUGUCCUUGUUUUCAUCAAGGGCACAUUGCUGACUCAUGUUCAGCCUUGUGCCCACCAGCACCCCCAAGGCAGUUUCUGCAAAGCUGCAUUCCAGCUGGUCAUCCCCCAGCAACUAAUGGCACCUGGGGUUGUUCCUCUGCAGGUGAAGGGCUUUAGGAUUCCCUUUGUUGAACUAUACAAAAAAUCUCAUAGUAGUGUGAGAGAAAAAAAGGAGCUAUGGAUUGAAGCAAAUUAGAAAAGGGGAAGGAGAAAAACAGGAGGAGACGGACUGAGCAGCUUUUUUCCUUCUAGUGCCAGGGAGCCUUGAAACAAACUUGUUUGAACUCAAGUGCAAGUUUAUUUUGAAGCUGCCUAGAACCUCUUGGGGGCUGAGCACAGAGACAGAGAACAUACACAUGAGCACGUACAGGGCCAGUACAGCACCCUGUAUCUGAGCACACAGGAUCCUUCUCAAAGAUCAGUGUGAUAAUACUGGUCAGCACCAGGCAUAUGAAGCCAGUGAGACUGGGAAACUAUUAAGUAUUGGGAUUUUAAGAGCUACAG